AUGCCCACCACUAUAAGACACUGCAAGCCGCCUUGCACAAAACCAUUUUCUCACUGCACGCCGAGCGGAGUGUGUGGGUGUGACCGAGGUUACACUGAAGUCAUGAGCUCACACGGCUUCCUGGACUACUGCACCAGGACCCCGGGGGUGGACAACUACAAGAAAGCCGACGUGAAGACCAACUCGGGCAGAUCAAGACCCGGUCCGGCCCAGGCCAAGGACGUCUUCACCCAGUGGACUCUGCGGCCGGUGGGACCAGAUGGCAGAGUGAAGAUGUGGGUUUACGCUGUGAUCGCUGUCGGAUUCAUUCUAAUACUUUUCAUUAUUGCGUUAUCCUUCCUGCUCUGCCAGCCAUCGAGUUCCUCAAAGACAGCGGCGCCUCAGAAACCCCUGAGCCUGGCGUACGACGGGGAUAUGGACAUGUGA